AUGCAGGGACUUAAGCAGCAGGAUUACUAUCGCGCGUGCAGUUUCCCGAGUUUUUCGGGCAUGAUGUUUCCAGAAUCAACGUACGGAAAGACAGCUUGGACACCACAGUCUCCCGCUUCACAGAUUCACCAGGGUUAUCCCCAUCCCCACAGUCCGCUGUCGGCCAUAGGUAAACCCUCUCUGGAGCCCGGCUCAUCACCAUGGAGACCGCAAGGCAGUGGACAAAUUCAGCUAUGGCAGUUUUUGCUGGAACUACUUUCUGACAGCGGCAACGUCAACUGUAUACUGUGGGAGGGCACAAAUGGGGAAUUUAAACUCGUGGACCCUGAUGAGGUAGCCAGGCGCUGGGGCGAGAGAAAAAGUAAACCCAACAUGAAUUAUGACAAACUUAGCCGAGCGCUGAGAUAUUACUACGAUAAGAACAUUAUGACCAAAGUGCACGGGAAGAGGUACGCCUAUAAGUUUGACUUUGCUGGACUAGCUCAGGCAAUGCAACCAACGGCACCGGAUCCGUCGGCGUAUAAAUACCAGCAAGACUUGUUAAUGACAAGUUACCACCAUAAUUCUAAAUUUAACUACCUGAAUGCGCAUGCGCCUAUUACGUCAUCACCCAGCCUUUUCCCGCCACCGUCCAGCUACUGGGCGCCCUCUAACGGAAGUUGUUCUUUCUAUCAAAACAUUUCACCUCAGCACAUGAGUCACCACGCCGCCCCCAUCCCCCCGCCUUAUACAUUAACAGAUACCUACGGACGGACAUACUAGGGGGUGAAAUAUGAGUGCCAUUUAAAAGAAAAACACUGAAUUUACUCAGUUUACUGUGGUGCAACUCAAAUUGCUGACGAGAAGUGAUGUAUGAAUGAAAGUGGAACAAGUUGUUGGAAGUACACACACAUUUUAGAAUGAACAUAUGUGAACAGAAGAGAAGUCUACAAGCAUUAUUUUGACUGCUCAUUCUCUCAACUUUCUCUGAAAUGUCAAAAUAGUUUUUACAUUUCGGCUUGUCGAUCUAAAGUGCACGAUCUCAGUGUAUAUUUAAGAUAUGAUUUUAGUCAAAUUUAAAUUGUACUAUACCGGCGUAUUAGCAUGGCGACCAUUGGUUGCGUUCUAUUUUAAUAGCGUAUGUAAACCGAUUAUAUAAUCUAAACCGGUUUACGGAUUUUGAGUUGUUAAAAAUUAAAAUUGAAAGAUUGGU